AUUUUAUUCAAAAUGGCUCAAAACUCCAUUCCUCCUUCAAAACCCUCCAUCAUCGAUCCCAUCACCGGCAAUUAUAUGUUGAAUUGAAGAAUGGCCGGGAGAUAUGUGGCGAAGGAUAGGUUUUGGAGGGAAGGAGUUGAUAGGAAGAUAUAAAUUCUGGAUCUAAAAGAAAUGAGAAUGGGGUAUGGCGUUCAAGAUCUGUAAAGUCUGUUCAGAGGGGUUAUAAUGAUCAUUUUUUACCGAAUAUGGAUUAUUCUAAUGAUGGUACUAUUUCAGUAGCAGGAAAACCAUCGAGGAAGAUGGACAUGUAUAGCAGAUUCAAAAUGUUCCAUUCGAGGAGCAAGAAUAACUCUAUUUCCAACGAACUUGCUACACCCUCUGAGUAUAAUAACCAGGAAAGAAGUCUUGCAACUCAUGAUAUUAAAGGAGCAUCUCCCUCUAAGAAGAAUUUUGAUAAGAAUAUUUUCAUUGAUAGAGGUAGCAUCAAGGAAGUCUUUGGGCAGAAGCCAGGUAACUAUCAAGGUUACAAAGCUGAUAGGAACAAUGGAGGUACUUUUAACCCAUACCCUGCUAAUAAAAUGUUCGUCGAUGACCUUAACUCUUAUGCUAAGCAUAAACUCAAGAAUAAGCAAAAUGAUAUGAAGAGACAGGAUAAUUUGAGACUUUUAGAAAGCAGAUCUCAAGAUGGAAGAAAUAUUUCAGCAUUGGGGACAAAUAGAGCCUCUUUUCAAAACCAGAAUAUGAGAAUUAUUGAUAGGGGUAUCUUUCCUCCUCAGGAUGUUUCAAAAACAAUUAAAGAUAUUAAAGAGAGACAUAAUUCGGAUGAGAGAGAUGGAAGUGAUAAAAGGUUUGAACUAAAUAGAACUGAAAAUACGAAUGAUUUCAAAAGAGCUAUACCAAAACAACAAACCACCAAAAUGCCUUUACUAAAGCUCAAAAACAUUAAAAAAAUCAAUCCCAUCGGACUCAAAAUCCCCAAAAAUCUCUACCAAAGAUCCUCCACAGUACCCCCUCUCUCUACCCCUCUAGGUCCAAUCACUCAUCUCGCACCCCACCACCAUCUCUAUUCCCUCUUCCCACCCCUAUCUCCCACAAACCCGCCAAAACGACCAAAUCUCCAAAAAUACAACUCUUUCAGAAGCCCUGCCCAGUUUCUUCGCUUCAAACCAUAAUGACAAGAUUUUGAAGAUCCUAAAAAAGGAGAGGGUACUUAAGAGGGGAUUUUAGAGAUUUUGAAGGGAAAUUUAAUAGCCAAAUA